AUGGACGAAGAGAAUAUGACAAAAAGCGAAGAACAUCAUCUGAGUUUGCAAAAAGCCUUGCAGCAGUGCGAACUGGUGCAAAACAUGAUUGACAUCAGCAUUUCUAGUUUAGAGGGUUUGAGGACCAAAUGUGCAACAUCCAACGACUUGACACAAAAAGAAAUACGUACUCUGGAGGGCAAGCUGGUGAAGUACUUUAGCAGACAGCUGUCGUGUAAGCGGAAAGUGCCCUUACAGGAGCGGAACGUGGAGCUGGAGGAGUUUCCUCGCCUGGGUCACUGGUUCCGCAUUGUUAACAUGAGAAAGGAGGUCACAGAGGAGAUCAGUCCAGGCCAGUUAACACUGGAGGCUCUGUUAGAGAUGUCUGAUGAGGAGGUGUGUGAGACAGUACAGAAGUUUGGAGCUAGUCCUGAGGAGUGUGCCCGUUUAAACGCGUCGCUCUCCUGCCUCCGCAAUGCACACAAAUCAGAGCAACUUGAGGACGACAAAUUGCACAGCAAUGGAGGGAGCGUCCAAGCCAAGCAGGACUGGGCGAUCCAGUGGCCGAUGUCCGAGUCGGGCAAGGAGAACAAUCCGGCGUGCCAGCCGGAACCGCUCCAGUGGACCCGUCUGCAGUUCUCGCAGAGUCCCAAGGUCCAGUCCAAGUACGGUCAGCACCUGUGUCAGAGCCCUCAGGGACUGGUGCCGUCCUUCUACUCCCACAUGGAUCGCCUGGGCGUGGACAACCACUCCGGUCUCCUCCCGUCGCUGGAGUCGUCCGCCGGCCACCGCUCCCUCCCCCCCCCCCCCCGCCAGAGACACUUCACCCACACUCCGCCCAGGACUCCGCUGGUGGUCAACGCCACCAUGACUCCGCCCGGCACUCCGCCCAUGCGCAGGAGAAACAAGGUGAAGGCCCCGGGGACCCCUCCGCCCUCCAGCCGCAAGCUCAUCCACCUGUUGCCGGGCUUCACCGCUCUGCAUCGCAGCAAGUCGCACGAGUUCCAGUUGGGAAACCGCCUGGAUGAAGCACAGACGCCAAAAGCCAAGAAGAAGAACAAGCCGUUAAACCUGAAGAUCCACAGCAGCGUCGGGAGCUGUGAGAACCUGCCUACCCAGCGCUCUCCACUGCACUCCGAACACUCUCUCCGAUCUUUCUUCUUCCCAAACUUUGUCCCGUCCACUCCCCCCGUGCAUUCGGACACCCCCUCCGCAAACACUCUCUCAGUGCCUCGUUGGUCACCUCAGAUCCCCCGCAGAGAUCUUGGGAAUUCAAUAAAACACAGAUUUUCCACCAAGUACUGGAUGUCCCAGACUUGUAUAGUUUGUGGGAAAGGAAUGUUAUUUGGAUUGAAAUGUAAAAACUGCAAGCUGAAGUGCCACAACAAAUGUACCAAAGAGGCACCUCCUUGCCAUUUACUGAUUUAUCAUCGAGGAGGUAGGGACUCGUUCAAAGAAGAUCAAGGAACAUCUCAAGCCCGGCAACUUGUAAGGACAGAGUCGGUACCAUGUGACAUCAACAAUCCCCUCAGAUACACGGACUUGCACAUCAGCCAGACUCUACCGAAAACCAACAAAAUUAACAAGGAUCACAUCCCUCUUCCAUACCAGCCUGACUCCAGCAGUAACCCCUCCUCCACCACAUCCUCCACCCCUUCAUCCCCUGCCCCGCCCCUUCCCCCCAGUGCCACGCCCCCGUCGCCUCUACACCCGUCGCCUCAAAGCGCCAGACAACAGAAGCAGCCCAACCCAGCGGGUUCGCAUCUCUUCAAAUACAAACAGCAGUUCAUCUUUCCCGAUGUCGUGGCUCCGGAGGCUCCCAGCAGAGCACCACAGGUCAUUCUCCACCCCGUCCUCUCAGAGCCUGGCAACAAAGCAAGUCCUGUGUUGCAGAUUGAAGUUGAGCCCACAUCUGACAACGAGGAGGGCAACGAUGAGGCGGAGGAUUCUGCGGACGAGUUCGAGGAGAUGAACCUUUCCCUCCUGUCCGCCCGUAACUUCCCCCGCAAGGCUAGCCAGACCAGCAUCUUCCUGCAGGAGUGGGACAUUCCCUUCGAGCAGCUGGAGAUCGGCGAGCUCAUCGGGAAAGGCCGUUUUGGACAGGUGUACCAUGGCCGCUGGCACGGCGAAGUGGCCAUCCGCCUCAUCGACAUCGAACGUGACAACGAGGAGCAGCUCAAGGCGUUUAAGCGGGAAGUGAUGGCCUAUCGUAACACGCGCCAUGAGAACGUGGUCCUGUUCAUGGGUGCCUGCAUGAGUCCGCCGCAUUUGGCCAUCAUCACCAGUCUGUGUAAAGGAAGAACCCUGUAUUCUGUCGUGAGGGACGCGAAAGUGAUCCUAGAUGUGAACAAAACCAGGCAGAUUGCCCAGGAGAUGGUUAAGGGCAUGGGCUAUCUACACGCAAAAGGUAUCUUACACAAAGACAUGAAAUCGAAGAACGUCUUUUAUGACAACGGCAAAGUGGUGAUCACAGACUUCGGACUCUUCACAAUAUCGGGUGUUUUGCAGGCAGGCAGCAGGAGGAAGGACAAGCUACGGAUUCCUAGCGGUUGGCUGUGCCAUCUAGCUCCCGAGAUCAUCCGACAACUCUCCCCCGAAACCGAAGAGGACAAACUGCCUUUCUCCAAGCAGUCGGAUGUCUACGCUUUCGGCACCAUAUGGUACGAGCUACACGCACGCGAGUGGCCGUACAAGAACCAGCCAGCGGAGGUGAUCAUAUGGCAGGUCGGGAGCGGAAUGAAACCCAAUCUUACGCAGAUCGGAAUGGGGAAGGAGAUUUCGGAUAUUCUGCUCUUCUGCUGGGCCUAUGACCCGGAGGAAAGACCCAGUUUCUCCAAGCUGGUGGAGCUUCUGGAAAAACUGCCCAAACGGAACCGCCGCCUCUCUCAUCCAGGACACUUCUGGAAGUCAGCUGAGUAUGUCAAAUGA